UCUCAUAUAAGUUUUUAAUUUUAAACAAUUAAGAUAUUUUUGGAAAAUAAUGAAUUUCAACUGAAAAAGUUGUCCUCUAGAACACGCGCUGAAAACCUGAAUUGAAAAUGAUUAAAGUUGUAAUUCUUUUUGUAGUGUUAAUUUGUAUUGACAAAUUUGAGCAUUCAGCUAGUUUCAAAUGGGUCCCAUAUAAAUCUGGCGAUUUAAUGCCUCUAAACGCCAUCCGGUUGGAUUCGAAUUUCAAUAAAUACGUCGGAAGGAUACAUUACUUAAACACAAUACAACUGGCUGAAAUCCACAAAGAUUCCGAUACAAACAACAUCACUCACGGAGUCCUUAUUCUUUAUUCCAACGAAAUAGUUCGACAUGAAUUCGAAGUAUUAAUUGCCACUGAACAUUGUGAAUGGUUAUGGUAUGAUAAAACAAAUGUCCCCGAAAAUAUAGUUCGUGGAGGCACCGCUUGGAAUUUAGAGCCAGUUUUUAUUGCCAAAAGACAAACUUCUUAUGAUGUUGGCAUUGCAUCGAUUUAUCUUACCUCAGACAAAAUCCAAUCUAGUCCAAAAUAUUCCGAUGGUUAUACAUAUGCUUUGAUUUGUGAUGAAAAUACAACAUGGGUUGAUGCAACAUCAACAAAUGUUCCCGAAAGUACUGUGCGAGCUGGUGAAGAUACUGGAAAUCCGAUUUAUGUUGCUCGAUUGUUGGGACCAUUGUCACAUGUACCGGGAAAUGUUGUACCAGGAUUGAAUAAGACUUUGGUUAUUUAUAAGGAUUAUGAACUUUCUUCAUUUAAUAUUCAAGUGCUUGUUGAGGAGGAGACAGAAGAGUAUAGCUGGUAUAAUAUGCAAGCUGGAAGUGGAAUUCCUGAUUAUGCAGUUGUGUGUGGAAUAUCGGAGAAUAAUGAAUUAAUGUAUUUGGCUAAAAUUAAUAUUGUUUUUCCAAUUUUAUUCUCAGAAACAAGGAAUAUUAGCUUUUUUGAUAUUUUGGUAAAAAGUGUUAAAUAAAUGUAUUUUAAAAAUAAAGAAAGGUUAAAGUAUGUACAAAAAAUCAAUAAAU